GUCCGUACGACAUGAAAGGCAAAACCCUGGGGACUGUACUUCAUAGGGUUUAAGCAUCGCCGGCAUUUGCUACUCUGUUUAUUUUCUCGACAGACACCAUGGAUCGAUUUCCCAAUGAUCUCGACGAAGAAAUAUGCAUCGCGGAGAAAUUUGAGAGAGAGGAAGACGACGACGACGAGGAGGAGCAAGAAGAUGGACAAGACGACUGGGACGAUUGGAAUGCAGACGAGGAAGGAAGCGAAGAAGCAUUUGAUUCGAAUUUUCUGUGUCUGUUCUGCAACUCGAAGUAUAAUGACUGCGAUGCGCUGUUCAACCACUGCAACUCGGUUCACUACUUCGAUUUUCACGGCAUCAGGAGGACUCUGGGUUUAGACUUUUAUGGUUCGUUCAAAGUUAUCAACUACAUACGAUCUCAGGUAGCAGAAAACAGAUGUUGGAGCUGUGGUUUCUUGUGUCAAUCAAACCAGGAUUUACAGAACCAUUUACACAAAACACUAAAUCUCAGUGACGUAAAGGCUCUUUGGAAUGAUGAUAAAUAUCUAAAUCCCUUCAGGCAAGACGAUCCGCUCCUGUACAGUUUUGCAGAAGACGAAGAGGAUGAUGAAAUUUCACUCAUCAACAAUGAUCUUCAGAGGAAUGCGGGUACUGAUGGUGGUAAUUGCAAUCAUGAUGAAAUGAGUAGAGAAAAUCUUCCAUUUCAUCCAAACCAAAACAAGGAAAAUGGAAUGGAAGAUUGUUGUUCAUCUUUACAUGGUUAUUUGAAUGCUCCAAGCAACUUAGAGGCUGAGAUUGAGAAUACUGUGAAAACCACGGAAAUCUUGGGACUGAAAGACGAUCAAUUAAAAAUAGCCAGACGAAAUGUUGAUAGAAUGGAUAUCAAGAAUGCAAAUGUAAAUUACUUUGAUUCAUAUAGCUCUUUUGGCAUACACAGAGAGAUGUUAAGCGACAAGGUCAGAACGGAAGCCUAUAUGCAUGCUAUUUUGCAAAAUCCGUCUCUCUUCCACAAUGCAGCUGUGAUGGAUGUAGGCUGUGGAACAGGCAUACUCAGUCUCUUUGCUGCAAAAGCGGGUGCAUCGAGAGUUCUUGCGGUUGAAGCGAGUGAAAAGAUGGCUGCAGUGGCCACCCAAAUUGCUAAAGACAAUGGGCUCUGGCGGAACGGGAAACAGACUGGAGAUUGUGGCGUGUCAAGUGGGACUAUAGAAGUGGUUCAUGGUAUGGUAGAAGAACUUGAUAAGAACAUAGAGAUUCAGCCUCACAGUGUUGACGUAUUAGUGAGUGAAUGGAUGGGGUAUUGCUUGCUGUAUGAGUCAAUGCUGAACUCAGUUCUCUUUGCAAGGGAUCGUUGGUUGAAGCCUGGAGGUGCAAUCUUACCAGAUACUGCCACAAUUCUUGUUGCAGGAUUUGGAGCUGGUGGAACUAGUCUUCCAUUUUGGGAAAAUGUGUAUGGUUUCAGCAUGUCUUGUGUUGGGAAGGAACUUAUAAAGGAUGCUGCCAAAGCUCCCAUUGUUGACAUUGUGGAUGCUAAUGAUUUGGUAACUAGUACUGCAAUUCUCCAUACUUUCGAUCUUGCAACUAUGCAUCCUGAUGAAGUAGACUUCACUGCAAGCACGGACUUGGAACCAAAUUUACAUUAUCCUUCAAGCAACUCAGAUGAUGUUGAAGUAGAAGCAUCUUGGUGUCAUGGAGUUGUCCUAUGGUUUGAAACUGGUUUCACAAGCAGAUUUUGCAAGGAAUCACCGGCUGUUCUGUCUACAUCUCCCCACACUCCCAAAACUCACUGGUCUCAAACCAUAUUAACCUUCACAGAGCCAAUUGCUUUAACAUCUAGAAAAUCUGCCACCAACAAAUCAGCACCAGUAGGUAGCCAUGCCUCCCCUGCUGUCAAAGUUCAUUUACGCCUUAGCAUUGUCCGUGCGCCCGAACAUCGAAGCAUUGAUAUUUCACUAGAGACUACUGGGAUUGCUGCUGAUGGUCGGAACCGCGACUGGCCUGUACAACUUUUCACAUUAAGAUAGGAGUAUGCAAGCGUAAAUGACAGAUGCUUGAAUCAUGAAUCAGCAGUUUCAGGCUAAAAAGUGGCCAGAUUUUAAUGAUCUUUCGGGGUUUGUACUAUCUCCAUGGGUCGCUAGAUAGUAACAGAAGAUUCAUCCAUGGAGGUAACCAAUUUUGACUCUUGAUUCUUGAUAUGCAAGUUAUAUUAAUAGGUAUUGAGAAUGUAAACGAGUUAAGCUAGUUAACUUGAGAAGCAUUUGCUCCGUGGUUGAAAUAAUAUCAUGGUGUAUUAGUUUUGUUUUGAUUAUUGUAUUCUAUUGUUCUUGCA